AUGGACAAUCAUGGUUCUCAUCUCACAGAAGAAUUCAUCCAAUACUGCAACCUUCAUAAGAUUAUUCUAUUCAGAUUUCCAUCUCAUACAAGUCAUAUUCUACAACCUCUUGAUGGCGUACCUUUUCAGCAGUAUAAGCAUUAUCAUACAAAGGCAGUUAAUGAGGCCGCCCGCUACGGAUAUGAGCAGUAUGGUGGCAGACAAUUCCUUGCUAAUCUGGAGAGUGUCCGACUGCAAGCAUUCAAACCUGGCACUGUGAGAGCUGGCUUUGCCGACCGCGGAAUGUAUCCAGUUAAUCACGAUAUAAUUCUCAAUCGAUUGAGACCUCUUACCAUUGAUGAUGCCCCGGAUCUCAACAUAUACAAUGGUGAUGGUGAUGUAUGCAAUCACUUUACCCCGCCGCCUGCAGAUCGACCGUCAACUGCCUCUUCGCAAUUAACCUCCCCAGAGACAGUUGCAAAACUACGUCGCCAAAUUGAUGCAGCAGCCAAGGCCUUACAAGAUGUGAAGGAUACCCUUACACCUGGUUUGACAAGGCGGUUGGACAAGAUCUUCAAGGGUAGCAUGGUCCAGGCGGAAUUGAACGCGCACCGUGAGGGUGAACUUGCAGGUCAUUAUCGAGCAAAUAGACGUCGGGUCGUCAAAUCCUCCCGCAGGCAGGUGCAAGUAGGCGGAGUCCUCACUAUUAAGGAUGCCAAUUGCAAGAUCGCGACCCGUAGAGCAGAUGAGAUGAAAAAGACGUUCAAUAAGAAUCUUCGGUCGAUUGGAAUCAAACCUACAAAAUCUACAGCCACUCAACCACAACAAGAUAAUUCUAUAGAAUCUCAACCUACAGUGGAUUCUACACCUUCUAAUGAAUCACUAUAUUCAAAAUAUUUUCCGUACGCUGUGGUUUUCCACCAGAUCCGGACUGACCCUGCCGCUUUUUAUCUCGCGUUGCGCGAUGUCCACAAAGACCAGAGCAGCUACCCGAUCAGUGUCCCGCUCACACAGGGAAGUUUCUGGGAGGUAAACCGGAAGAAAGUACAUCCCCAUACUCUCUUUGUCGAGGUCCUUGACCGCGGGGGUUUUGCGGAGGUCUCCGUGGACAAGGAUAACUGGUGCGUUAUCGCCGGACUCGUGGGGAUACCUGAGACGCAGGCGACGACCUUGUCGUGGCACGUUAAGCACCUCUACUACGAGUGGCUGUGGCCGUUGGAGGUGGCCAUGAAUGGUCCGGUAGCGGCGGACGGGAGCCCCGCGGACGCUCGAAGCGCAAGGGGCCUCCGACGAGCUCUCCCUUCAACGACAACCCUACACCGCGACAAGUCCGGCGACCAGCUUUGA